GCACCAUGAUGGGGUCCGUUGCCCUCGCGCUGCUCUGGGCUGCCUCGCUCCUGAUCUCCAGUGCAAAUUGUGACAUGUGCCCAGCCGUGAAAAAAGACGUUAACCUAUUCCUGACGGGAUCCCCAGACGAAUAUGUUGCACAAGUGAAAAAAUACCAAAACAACUCUUUAAUAUUGGCCAAUGCCAGAAAACUGAAGGACUGCAUUGAUCAGAAACUGACAGCAGAGGAUAAGGAGCAUGCUAUCACCGUGCUGAAUAAAAUAUACUCAAGUCCUUUAUGUUAAUGGAGCCAUCCUUGCCAGGAGCCCCAAGGAAGCUGCCUGCCUGGUCAUUAAGGAGUCUCUGCAACCGCCACGUCCACGUGUCUGUCUGAAGGAUUCCAGCAAUAAAAGCCUUGCAAUUCAA